AUACAAUGGAUUGGAAGUCAUGAGGAUCCCAUGCAGGAAAAUAUGGCUUCCCGACAUCGUUCUGUACAAUAGCGCUAGUGACCAUAACGAGAAGUACAUGGAGGCCUUGGCGAUGGUCGGUAGCGAUGGCACCGUCUUCUGGCCACCAAUCGUCAAGUUUAGAAGUUCCUGUCUGAUGGACAUGACCUACUUUCCGUUUGACGACCAGAUUUGUAAGCUGAAAUUGGGAUCGUGGGCCUACACUGGGUUUCAAGUAGACGUCCUCAAUCGGUCAAACACUAUCGACAUGUCUAGAUUCGUAGAAAACGGUGAAUGGGAGAUAAUAAAUACAGAGGCAAUCCGGAAUAAUGUAUACUACACGUGCUGCCCAGAGCCAUUUCCGGAUGUGACGAUCACGUUACACUUGCGUAGAAGGACUAUUUACUUCAUGUACAACGUCAUCAUCCCUUCCAUCAUGUUGUCUAGCCUGGCCCUUCUUGGGUUCUGGGUUAAUCCUGACUCGGGGGAAAAGGUUACCCUUGGUCUUACGGUGCUGCUAGCUCUCUCUGUCUUCAUGCUGUUAAUUGCUGAAAACACUCCCUCCACCUCAUUCUUUAUACCACUUUUAGGUGUAUAUCUCAUAACCACGAUGUCCUUCACCUCUCUCUCUGUUAUUUGUGCAGUGGGCGUGACUAACCUUCACCUCCGAGGUCACGCGUACCCUGUUCCGAAUUGGAUGCGCAAGCUCUUAUUUUUAAUUUCCAAUAUUUUGUGUAUAAGGCUUCAUCAUUUAAGGAAUGGAUUGUCCGUUAAUAGUUCGCCUCAUUGGGACAGAAUUCCGGCGUCUUCCACUUUUGGAAAUCACUCCACCUCAAACGGUCGCAUCGUGCACGAUCUUGGCGAAGGGACCGUCAUUCACCAUGACGAAGUACACAAAGAAGGGGCAGCCCCUACCGACAGGUUAUUAAGGGAAGAUAACUCUGAUGUGAAUCACGCAUUACUGGAAACUCUAAAGUGCCUUAUUAACAAACAUGAAGAGGGAGAACGGGAGAGAAAGAUCCAUGACGAGUGGAAGGAAGUGGCAUUGAUAAUUGACCGUUCUCUGUUCGUGAUUUUUCUCCUGGGAAUGAUUGUAGCGUCCGUCUACAUUCUUGUUGUCUUGCCAUUAAGGAAGUUAGCUACGGUUUAAUUCACUCCUUACAUGUGCUAUUUUUGCCAACAUUUUAAAAACAGAAAGUUGGGGACGGUUUAAGUCUCCCCAACAUGUGCUCUCUUUGCCAACAUUUUGAUUACAUUAACGAAUAGUUUAAUUUAUGCUAUAUUGUAUUAUUGGUAUUUUUAUUAAUCAUGCUGUGAACACUCUUGUGUUUGACACAAUAAAACCGCACAAUAUU